CUGUACGUUCAUACGAUGGGAACAAUGUAAAGCCAGAAAGUAGUCGCCAAACCGUUGAAAAUACUGUGUUAAAAAGACAGCUAAAGUCUACGCAGAUAAUUUUUAUUCGGAAGAAUAUAAAAUAAUGACGAAGGAAUCGAAAAAGUCGAGAGACGCAAUGGCCCACAAGAAACAAACGGCCAUGCCUGAGGAAGAAGAUCGGGUUCAAGAUUUCAAAGAUCAUUUCAAGUCUGAGGGCGAGCAGUUGGUAAAGGAAGUGUUCCCCCACAAAAUCAUUGAACUGGAGGAAAUUCACAAGAGUCUCAGCUUGGACCGGCUACACAACAUCCACAGUGACCUCAACAUCUCUUACCCAGACCCCGUCCUCCUUAAAGACAAUGGCACGGAUGAGCCUACAACAAAAAAGAGGAAACAUGAUAUUCAAGGAACAGAAGUGCACAGCCUGCCUGGUGGCCCUGUCCCCAUCAACAAACAGCUGCUUGACAUAUCUGAGAAACUGAAGCCAUACAUCCGAGACUUGAUAGAUCACUCUAACACAAUAAAGAUGUGGAUUUCCUUUCUCAUUCCCAAAAUUGAAGAUGGCAAUAACUUCGGAGUGUCCAUACAGGAGGAGACUUUAGGUGAAGCGAGGCAAGUUGAGAGUGACGCUGCUACCUACCUGGACCAGAUAUCACGAUAUUACAUCUCGCGAGGCAAACUGGUGUCCAAAGUGGCCAAAUACCCUCACAUAGAUGAUUACAGGCAGUCAGUGAGGGAACUGGAUGAGAAGGAAUACUUCAGUCUACGUCUGACUACUGCAGAGCUACGAAACCACUACGCUAGUCUUCAUGACUUGAUUAUCAAGAACAUAGACAAGAUCCUGAAGCCUCGAAACGCAAACGCAGAAGGACUCUAUUAGUUUGGCUAGGUCCCUGAAACAGUCCUUAUUUCUCUUUUGAAACAUUUUCAUUACGUCGUAUUAACUUAUUGUUUACAAAUUCAACAACGUUGCUUAAAUAUUUAUCAGUUUCCGAAAAUAGUCAUUUCUGUGAAAUAUAUACAUGUAUAUGCAUUUAUUUAAAAAAAGAAAAAUCCAAUGUUAACAUGACGUUGUAUGCAUUAUUUUUGUUAAUAAAUGACCAUUAACUAAUAGUUGUCAAAGAAUUUCGUUUUUAAAUGUUAUAAUGCAUUAUGGUGCUGGUAAUUUGAAUUCUGUUCUUUAUUUUUAUACAUGCAGUAUUGUUCAUUUGUUAUUUAAAUGUUAACAUUUGUAAAGUAUCUUUUUACAAAUAAGAAGCCAUAUAAAAAAAUUGUGAAGUGUUUUUAGCAGCAAGAUCACCAAAUUUACAAUAUAUCCUGAAAUUUGUUUUAUUUUACAGUAAACUGUUUUACUUUGUAGGAAUAAUGUGCAUUUGUGACUGUAAAUGUAAAUACUUUGCAUGUUUGCAUUGAAUAAAUAAAAAACGGUCAGAACAUACAUGUUUAGUUUAAGUUAUAUUAAGUAUUUUUCACAAAAUAAAACAACGAUAGUGAAAGAAGAACAUUGAGCGGUUUAUACAAAUUUAAACAUGUUCCAAUUCACUGUAUUCACCUAGGGAUCAUUUAAACAGGAAUCCUGUGAACCUGUGCCAUUGAAGUCAUUCAGCAAACAUACACAUACUGUUUUAGCCUUCAUCUGUACAUUCGACAUUUCUUCCAAUAAAUGUUUCGUUCAUG